AUGCGUCAUCGCUCCUCCUCUUCAGGGUGUCUAUGCGGCUGCCUGACCGGGAGCCAACGUCCUGGAGUUAAGCCCACCCGGCGGCAUGUCACCGGCCAAGCGAAGCGGAUCAUGAAGUCGCUUCGUUUCAGUCGCCACGCCGGGAAGCUCUCCGAGCAGCAAAGGCAUAGAUUUGGGCACCUUUAGGGGGGCCUUAAGCAAGACCCUAGGUCCAGGAAGCCGACCUGGGGGACGCGGCGCAUGCUGGGGGCUUGGAUGACUAUGAUAGAGGCCUAGAAAUAGAAAGGCUUCCUGUGACAUAAAGUCGGGUGCCUAGAGAUAGGAAAAAUGUAGACUGACACCCAGGGCUUAGCUUUCGGUUCUUGUGUGCCUGCAGGUUCAAUCCCCAGUGGAGUCUCCAGAGAUGGCUAGGCAUUUUCCCUGAAGAGCUGCUGCCAGCCAGUGCAGACAACGCUGAGCUAGUGGUCUGGCUCAGAAGAAGGCAGCUUCCUAGGUUCCUAAACUGUAGCAGCAAAGAUCUCUGCUUUUCCCCCCUAACUGGUUUUUAAACAUGUCCAAGCGCCAGUCGCCUUCAUGCAAGUCCAUUGAAGGCUUUUGUAUCCAGCUGCUUGCAUUUAAGUGAGUGGGCCUUUUCCUGCAACGUGAGGUGGAUGUUUGUCUGAAAACCCAAAUCUGCCUCAGCUCCACCACCAACUUGCACUUUUAACACUGGACUACAUUGAAGGGCUGUUGUAAGCCUCUCUUUCUCAUCCACGGGCCCAUCCAAUCAUAAAUAUGGAGACAAUAGAUUACAGGGAAAACAUGCUGCCUUGGGUUUAUGACACAGCAAGCAGCCUUGCACAGUUUUGGAUUAAAAAAAUACUUGGAAGGUUCUUAAGCUGCUUACCCACUAUACCUUUAAAGCACACCUGAAGCACAAACUCCCCUCAAAGUAUUCUGAGUGCAGUAGUUUGUUAAAGGUUGCUGGGAAUUGUAACUCUGUGAGGGCUCAACUACAGUGCCCAGAAUUCUUUGAGGGAAAGAAUAUUAUGCUUCGAAUGUGUUUUAAAUGUACAGUGUGCCCAAUUUUACAAUCAGAGUACCGUACUUCAAAUGAAUAUGCAGCCCAUCAGUGAUUAAUCCAGGCUUUCCCUGAUCCAUAAAUUCAGACUCUAUGUGCCUGAAUCCCCCAGAAUUCCUGUUUUAUUUGUUAUGUUAUCAUAUUACUGUUUUAUUGGUUUUAUGUUACAUUUUUGUUUUAACAAUAAUGUUUGCUUUUAUGUUGCACACAGGGCUUAAUAUUUUUCUCCCCCAAAUAUAUUAAGCAGCUUAUAAAUGCUUUUAAACAACAAAGGGAGAUUUCCAGCAUUUUUAUUUUUUUUUAGAGAGAAAUGAAAUAGUUACGUCUGAUUAAUGGUCAAAUUAAUUCAGAUCCUGCAAAAAGAAGUUCAUAUACAGAGCUUGAUCCCUCCUUUUUCACACUCCGGUAUUCUAUAGCCUAAACGUAUAUCUUGAUGCAAAAUCACUAUGGGCAAACUUCACUUUGAAAACUUGUGUGAAGUUUCUUUCAGUGAGGAGUUAGGACUUUUGUUUCUUUUUUUAAAAAAGGAGAAGAGUUGUGUUCAGACAGGUGCCAGCUUAGGCUGUUACGAUCUUUGUACCCGUUAUCUGAAGACACGUUCCAACCAAGAGCAUUGCAUUAUUUCAGAUUAUUAUCUGAGGUAAAUCAUGGGAAGGUACUAAUAUAUCAUCAGCUAGGUCACAAGGUUAUUUGGGGCUCCUUUGUUCCUGGCCGUCUCUGUGAAUUAUUCCAACGUGCUCUUGACCUGUCCUGAUUCCACAUAUUCAGGACUCUGGAACUUGCGUAUUUUUCCCUUCCAGAGCUGCAGCCCAGCCACUUAAAUUGAAAGGAAACACUCUGCAAACAGCUGACUUCAGCAGCUGGAGGAGAUGUCACGUGACCUGAAAUAAACAAGAGUGAAAGAAGAUUCCUAACUGCCUGCCUGUGGUGAGAAAGUGGAGGAAAAGUCUCGUUCUAAAAGCUGAUUUCAGUCCUCGCGCACCCCAAUUCAUAAUUCACAGGAAGAGGUGAAGACUCCUAGGACAUCAAGUGACCAUAUCAGGUAGGCUCUCCUCCUUAAGACAGCUCAUUUCCCCCUCACACCCCACAUCUCCCCACAUAAUCCUUGAUCCCUCGGGUAUAAUGUUAUAUUAUUGAUAUAGCUCAAUCCCAUGCACGUUUAUUUAUGCAGAACUAAGUCCUGCUGUAUUUAGUGGGGCUUCCUGCCAGGAAUAGGUCCAUGGGGUUGCAGCCUGAAUCACUCUUAUCCAACAAGGGAUGUAAGAGGCAGACACAAUGGCUUGGCUGAGCAGGUUGAAGGGGGAAGAAUGUACGUAGUUCAGUAGUUCCCUAAGUGUACGGUAUAUCACACUAUCCCCUCUUGCAAUUCCCAGCAGCUGACAUUUAGAGGCAUACUUCCUCCAAUAGGGGAAGUGGAACGUAAACAUCUAGCAGCCACUGACGGCAGAUCCUAUUUUCCGGGGGCAGCCCUCGAUUUACAGAAGCCGUCCCGGUUUCUGAUUUGAUCCCAGAAUGUCCCGUUUCCCUUAGGACGUCCCUGGUUUCAUUUUAGAAAUGUUGGAGGGUAUGGUAGGACAUCCCUGUUUUCAUCAGAGAAAUGUUGGAGGCAGUGCCGGAUUUAUGUAUAAGCUAAACAAGCUAUAGCUUAGGGCCCCAGUCUCUUGCCCUCCCCCCAUUUCACUAUUAAUAUACUUCUUCUUAAUUGUAUUUCAGUUCAACAAUUACAGUGGUACCUCAGGUUACAUACGCUUCAGGUUACAUACGCUUUAGGUUACAGACUCCACUAACCCAGAAAUAGUGCUUCAGGUUAAGAACUUUGCUUCAGGAUGAGAACAGAAAUCGUGCUCCGGUGGCGCGGCAGCAGUGGGAGGCCCCAUUAGCUAAAGUGGUGCUUCAGGUUAAGAACAGUUUCUGGUUAAGAACGGACCUCCGGAACGAAUUAAGUACUUAACCCGAGGUACCACUGUACUUUGAUAAAAUACAAAUUUUGUUAUGUGCAAAUGACUUUAGAUACCUAUUAGGUCCAUAAAUUACCAUAUAUCAUAUAUUCAGCGCACAAAAAAGCGACAAAUUGUUGUUGACGAAGGACAGCUGGACAUACCAGGGCCCCAUUACCUUCAGUAGCUUAGGGCCUCAUCAAACCUAAACCUGGCCCUGGUUGGAGGGCAGGGGGAAGCAUUAUCCACGACAAGUUUAUUCCUGCAUUGAGGGCAUGGGAGUCCUCUCUGUGAAUGUGUGGUGGACCACUUCCUAUGCUUGAUCUCAAAGGCUGUGGCGUGGAGUCUCAUCCUGCCACUCCCUAUAAAAUAUCUAGGUGAGAUAAAGUGGUUUCUGUGGAACCAGAUAUGUGUGUAACAUGCUAUCUGUGAAGCAUCAAGAGGAAGGAUAGCCAAUGGACAUUUCUGAUCUGCCUCACCAGCCCUUGUUGUUUCUCAUCCAGCCAAAGUCCUUCCUGUUGCGCAGACUCAGCACUUCUUCCUUGGGAAGAUUGUGUCAUCACUGAUAUUCCUCCCAUUGAAUCUUUCACAGGCUGUCUUUGCCUCCAAGCUCCUGGACUCCUUCCUGA